AUGGUGGGCCACUUAUAAAUCGUAUGGGACAAGUGAUUGGAAUCAAAUUUCACACAAGGGGACACCCUUACACUACCUUCUUGCCGACAAAUAUUAUUUUGAAGUGGUGGAGUCAUUAUAAGAAGUUUGGGGAUGUUCGGCGUCCUUGGCUAGGGACCAAUGUCUUCAACCUUCAUGGAGCCAUGCUAGAUUUACUGCUGAAAUUUCCAAAUAUAACCACUGGAGUGAUUGUGAUAGAGGUUUCGGAAGAUUCUCCUGCACACUUGGCUGGCCUACAGUGUAAUGAUGUCAUAGUACAAUGCGAUGGAAGUCCAGUGAGGAGCAUCCUGGAGUUUUUCGAGAGAACCUGGGAUAAGGUUGGGGAGUCUGUGGAGUUGGAAAUCGUGAGGGCUGGCAUGUCUCACCCACUCAAGCGAGUUGUACAGGUGCAGGAGGCCUCCCCCGACAAAUACUAUCGUUGGCUUCUCCCUGAGUGGUUUACGAAAGAACCAAGGGUAUACGAAGACGAAGAUGAAGAUGAAGGUGAAGGUGAAGAUGGGGAGGAGAAGGGUGACAUGGAGGAGUAGUAGUUUAAGGGCUGCUUGCCUCUUCAGUGGACACAACAUCAUGAAGCAGUGGGUAUGCAGUACUACUUUAGACACCUAGCCUCAUGCUUAACUUAACAAGGAGUAAUUUAAGAUCACCUUGGUUUCCAUGACAUUGGUUCCCAAUGUCAUGGGAUGACCCGGGGGAGCUCCGGUGCCCCGUUCGUAAAAUUGACGGUUCGUACCCCCCUAACCCCCCCGGUAAACCCCCCACCCCCUUCAAUUGCACCCCCCACGCCCCUCCAAAGUCAAAAUCAACUUGGGGGUGCAAU